UCAUGUCAUCCUUUCUUGUUGAAAGGCUUUGUGCCACCUUGCUGGCGGAUUGCAGCAGUGCAGAGAUAUGGAGCCGGUCUCAGCGGUCUUUGGCAUUAUGGCGGCCCUGCCGCAGUGCAUCCAAUCCGCCAAGGAGCUCUAUGACCUGCGUGGGCGUUACAAAGACGCCUCGGUCCUCAUCACCGCCAUAUACUCCGAGUCUAUGGUCAUUGCCGCCUCGCUCUCCCAAGUCCAGAACCUCCUGCAACACGAUUCCCUAGUACAGAAGCCUCAACUGCUCGAAACCUUCGAUCGAGCUCUGACAGGAUGUCGUGUUGUGUACGGAUGUCUGGAAGAGGAGGUACGAGAUCUGGUGGAGAAGUCUCAGCGCAACGAUCUCAGGUUCAAGGAUCGGGCCAGGUACCUCUUGAAGGAAGACACGUUCAAAGAGCUCUUGACACAGAUACGAGGGCAGCAAUCAGCACUCAGCUUGCUCAUUCAGGGCCUACAGAUGGAGUCAAUGGCAGACAUCAGGAAGCUGGUGGAAGACAACAGCAGCAAGCUGGACCAGGUCGUCAAGCGGUCGAAGACAUUGCGCCAGUCACAUCCGCGCAUAGAAGUGCCAGAGUCCAUCUUCAGCUGUGACAGCGGGGCAGCCGACGCAUCAGACGCCGAAUCUAUCGUCAAGUCUACGCAUUUCGAGUUCGACGACCAAGUGAUCAGUUCGAAAGCGUAUCGAGGAGCCAUGGCCCGCUACACUAUGUAUGGCGACAUGGCUGACGUAAAGGAGCCGGAAGCAGCUGAGAUCCAGGUUGCAGAGGAAGACUCGACUCAGGUGGGCACCAUACAAGGUCCUGAGCUGAAGCGCAACCCCGUCAUUGCAGCCAGGUCUCAACAACUCAUCGCGCACUUUGCCUCAGAAUCUGAAGAAGAACUUCCAGUGGGUUUGCCUAGGCCAACACAGGAGGAGUCGCCACCUAAGAAAGAGGAGAUGGACGCUUUGGACUCUGUUGAGCGAGAAAUGCUACCGUACAUGCCCCGCACCACAUCGACCGCACCGUACUUAACACCGGUUCGAGCUGACACUUUCGAUACAAUUGACACAAAAGCCGACACCAAGUUGGCGCCUGCGCCGCUUCGAUCAUUCAGUGAAGGCUCACCCAUUGUGCCGGAAGCCACCCCUCCAUUGCCGCCACGCCGUACGAGCGGAUCUCAACUCCGCUCACAAGAUUCCGCUGCUACACUAAAAAAAGAACGGUCAAAGUCGUCAGGUGAAAGCUUGGAUGCUUCGGACGCAGGGUCAAUCAUGUCGAGGGUGUCAGAAGCCUCAUCAUACACAGCAUACGAACCGAUGCCACAGAGCCAGACGAUCUCAAUAAGACCUAUGAGGAAGCCUCUCCCACUUGCACAUAAAGCAUCGCACACUGUGGAACCGCAAAACAUCCUCUCAGCUUUCGAAAGCAGCGAAAUGCACGCGGUCUGGUUACUGCUCGUAGAGGCUGAGCGCAACUUCUUCGACCGCAUGACGAGACUUCGAAAGAUGUUCUACGAUAACAUCAUACGGCAAUGGCCAGUUCUGGAGCAGCAUUUGGGCGUUGUCUUGAUCGCCGAGCAGCUUGCUGCUACUAACAAGAAGUUCCUCUGGCUGCCUAUGGAACAGCAAUUACUUGAGUCGGAUCAGGCAAUAUGUGAUCCGGUCAUCUUUGAGACCUGGACAACCAAUGUGCAACGCAUGUUUCGCGAGUAUUGCCAGGCUCUACCACAUGCCACUGGAGCGCUGCGAGCGACGCAAAACAGCGAUGGAAGAUUCACACCAUUUGUCAACACGCUUGGUCUUAGCAUCGCCUAUUUUGGCAAGAGCUGGGAAGACUAUCUAAAAUUACCCGUAACAGAGCUAGAUCUAUAUGUCGAGAGCACUAAAAGUCUCAUCAGCAUCGCAACUGAAUCGAAGCAUCCUGAUGCAGGUGCAGAGGCCCAGCAGCUGAUGCGUGCCCUUUACGCUUUGGACUGGCUCAAGUCAGUGUCUACAACCGUGCUUGAAGAGUCGCAAAGUCGGGAAGACGUACAAAACCUAGAACGUCGCAUACACACACUCGACACUGACAUCUUGUCUCAGCUCAGGUUGCUCGACACCAGUCGGCGUGUGAGGUACCAGAGUGGUAUGACGAUGAAACUGAAGAGCAAAGGACCUUGGCACGCUGUGCACGUUGUGCUGCUCGACAACUAUUUGUUCUGGGGCAAAGUCAAAGCACAAAAGAAAGCUAUUGGCGACAAGGUCGUGGUAUUGGAUGCACCAAUACCUAUCAAUGAGCUGGACGUCAGCCUCCCAUGCGACGAGCACCAGUUCCAGAAAGCGACCAUGUUCGAUGAAGUACCCAGAAACUCUAUUCAAUAUAUCAUCAUGGUUAAGAGGAAGGAUACGGAGGGCAGAGCUCAUAUGCUUGGUUUACCUACGUACCAGGAACGGAGAGCGUGGAUGGACCAUUUUGAAGCGACGCUUGAUACUACCAUUUUGCAGAAGUGACAUCACUACACGGCUCUCACCCAGUAUACCGGCUGGGAACAUUGCAAAGUUUGUCUUUGUUGGUAGCCCAUGAAAAGGCACGGCGAUGGCCAGUCACUGUCCCAGCAGGCAAAUGUGUUUGGUGGGACAAGUAUUACCCAUUUGUAAGGAAGUGAGGGGCAGUCUCAACCAUGCAAACCCGCCACGAAUGAGAGAUUCCUUCGCACUGAGCGUAUCCAACUACGCCUCCAGCCAGGCGUGGCACUCCUCAAUCCGCCCGAUGUGACCGACUCGUUCAUAGAGCGCGCAGCUCGAAAUCUGGACGACUCGUCGCCAGUCAAGCGUUGACGAGCCCGUAAGUUCACAUCAUCUCUUCCAAACAUCCCAGUCUUCGUUCCUCGAAGCCAACCCCAAUCUU